CAACGCGCAGGGCGGGACUAGGCGGAGCGUGGCGCCCGAGGGCCAUGUGGCUGCGUUUCUAGGCGGCGUCCGGCAAAGUCUAUUAAGUGUUGAGGAAGACUUGGGUCACAUGUGAAUGGGAGCAGCAAGAUGGCACAGGCUGUGAGGGAGUGACAUGGUGGCAGUCUGGUGUUGGCUCCCCAGCAAAUUUGCAUUUUACCUGCUUUCCGCACUGUGUCAUUUGUGGGCUGAGGCACCUGCGAAGAUCAGUGCCUCCUCACAGGAGCCCAAGUGAGGAAACAGCCGAUCACCAAUGCAUUUGCGUAGGCCUCCUCUAUGGCCUGCUACGACUUCAGCAGUCUUUGGAUGAUGGAGAGCCAGACCGACAAGGACCCGCCUCAGGCCCCUCUGGCCUUGGCCAGAGGACCAGGUGGGAGUGCGCUGGACUGGGCUCAUUCCUGGCAUCCUGAGGUCAUCGCUGCUCCUGCCUGAGGCCCUGUCCCUUGACUGGCGGCUAUGCUUUUAUGCAGGCCCUGGGGAAGAGAGUCUGGAAAGCCAGCCUCACAGGUAAUGAAAACAGACUGCUUCUGGCAAUGGAGUGGCUUAUGGCAGACCAAUGCCUGAUGAGGACUCAAGGAACUGGCCAUAAUUCAGAAGGCAUCUGCUUGUAGGACUGGAGCACUACCCUGGCACCCGCAGCUCAGAGGGGAGCUUGAAGAGGUGAUACCCUGGGAAAGGUCACAGCUGCCUAAACCUUUAAAACCCCAGGUGGGACGAACAUUUCCUGUUGUGAGGAUUUGGAGCUGCAGCAGCUCACAGUUGUGUUUCUUAACACUUUGUGGAUUUUUUGUUAAAGCGGCGAAAGGAGAAAAUUGGUACCGAAGAGUAUCAAUUCUUGAUUCUUGGCAGAAUUCCUGUUGUCUUUGUGAAAGUCAAGUUUCAGGUGAGUGUGCCUGGUGCCCCAAGGGCUGUGUGACCGGUGGCCUGUGGAAGGUGGGUACCAGGCCCAGAAGCCCCGUGGAGUCCCUCUUGGUGACCGUGGCCACCCUGGGAAGAGCCCUGACCAAUCCCGGAGGGGAGGGCGGCUGGAGCGGGGAGGGCGGUGAGCUGGUGCCCCCCCCACAGCGGCAGGGGCUUCCUAGGCUGGCGACCCUCACAGGGGCUCAUCUGCUGGCAGGUGAGGAGUGAGAAGAUCCAGUGCCUGUUACUUGGCGCUUGGUGUCUGGCUCUGCACGCUGGUGAGAGGGCUCAGAGGCUCACCCUGGCCUGCUCGGCAUAGCCCACAAAGACAGGGUUUACUCAGCCUCGGGCUCUACCAGCUCUGCCCAGCUGGACUCAGGGAGGCCAGGGUGCUGAGUCUGCCACCCUCAGGCCCACAUGUGAACAUUUCUCCUGCUUCAGAAUGAGGGGUGCCAGGCUGAUGGGGGUGCUGUUCGCCCUGGCUGCCUUGCUGCAGCAGGCCCUGUCCCUGAGAAUAGCAGCCUUCAACAUCCGGACUUUUGGGGAGACCAAGAUGUCCAAUGCUACCCUCUCCAACUACAUUGUGCAGAUCCUGAGUCGCUAUGAUAUCGCCCUCGUCCAGGAGGUCAGAGACAACCACCUGAUGGCCGUAGGGAGGCUGCUGGACAAACUCAACCAGGAUGACCCAAACACCUAUCACUAUGUGGUCAGUGAGCCGCUGGGACGCAACAGCUAUAAGGAGCGCUACCUGUUCCUGUUCAGACCCGACCAGGUUUCCGUGCUGGACAGCUACCAGUACGAUGAUGGCUGUGAGCCCUGUGGGAAUGACAGCUUCAGCCGAGAGCCAGCUGUGGUCAAGUUCUCCUCCCCCUUCACACAGAUCAAGGAGUUUGCCAUUGUUCCCCUGCACGCGGCCCCAUCGGAUGCGGUGGCUGAGAUCGACUCUCUCUAUGAUGUCUACCUGGAUGUCUGGCAGAAGUGGGACUUGGAGAACAUCAUGUUGAUGGGUGAUUUCAACGCUGGCUGCAGCUACGUGACCCCCUCGCAAUGGUCAUCCAUCCGCCUGCACAAGAGCCCCCACUUCCAGUGGCUGAUUCCUGACACUGCCGACACCACCGUUACAUCCACGCACUGUGCCUAUGACAGGAUCGUGGUUGCAGGACCUCUGCUCCAAGGUGCUGUGGUUCCCAACUCAGCCGCUCCCUUUGACUUCCAAGCUGCAUACGGACUGAGUGACCAGACCGCCCUAGCCAUCAGCGACCAUUACCCGGUGGAGGUGACACUGAAGAGAGCCUGACGUGAGUGAGGCCUGGCCGGCGACCUCCGCUCUGCAGCCUGUUGCCAAGAACUGAGACGACACAGCCAAAGGCUGGGGAUGGAGUUUAGGAAACCAGUGCCUGGUCCUGAGUGCCCCUGCCCCUCCCCACCACCGUGGCAGCUGGAAUUAGAGGAAGGGGACGGAAGGUAGACUUUUCCUCACUGUACCCACUUCCAUUGUAAGCUUGGAGGUUGUGUCACCAGAGCACCCCACCUUCUCAGUCUGGACAAAAAGUCUAAGAAAUACCUUUUAAGUAAAUCUCAUCUCAAAAGCA